AGCAAGGAUAAUGUACUUGUUAUUGGAUAUAUUAUAACAGUACAUAUUAAUAAGUUAACGAACAAGGCUUAAAAAAAAAUUACAACAUGCAAUCUACGAUUAGUUGUAAUGACUUAAUAAAUGCUUCGCAAAAAGGACAACACCUUGUGGUUGAAAACUUUCUCAAACGAAAACCAAAUAUCAACGGACGUGAUGCCAAUGGCUGGACCGCACUAAUGCAUGCAGCGUCUAAUGGGUUCACAGGUGUUAUUAGAGUAUUGCUGUGGAACCAGGCGGAUGUGGACUGUACCAACCUUCAACAACAGACAGCUUUGAUGUUAGCUGCUAUGAAUGGCAAAACUGACGCUGUCAGAUUGAUAGUACCUCAUUCGGCUAAAAUUAAUGCAAAAGAUUUUGAAGGGAAAACUGCUUUAGAGCAUGCAAAAAAUCAAAAUAUAGUCAAAAUAUUAAAAGAAUAUGUGCCCGUUGAUAACAGAAAGGGGAACAACACAGCACCAAGCAAUAGAGGUGCGGUAGCAGAAAAAGACGAAAAGGUUUCAAAAGAUAUAGCUAAAACGGAAUACUUACAACUAAAGGAAAUAUGUAGACUAGCUACAAUGUUAGGAGAUAAUUGGCAAGGCUUUUUUCUUGAAUUGGAAUUUUCUAGCAUAGACAUUUCUAAUGUACUAAAAGAAAAUAAUCAAAUAAAAAAUGACACACUGAGGGACUUGCUAGCGAUUUGGUUUGGAAGAAAGAGAGGCCAGAUAACUAAAGAUGACGUACGGAAAAUAUUAGAAACUGCACUGGAAAACCACGAAACCGUCAUAGAUUGGGUUAGAGUGAAAAAGUUGUUAGGCUGAAAAUUGAGCUGGUUAUUGUUUUUUUCUGGAUUAUUUGUCUAUGCUAUAUCUUUUAAUAUUAUAUUGUUUAACGUCUGCAUAGCUCAUUGUAUUUGUUUUUCAUAUUUAUUACACAACUCAAAACAGAUUUUUGAACUAAUUUGGUUAGUAUAGCCCUAUUGUAUAUUAAAAACGAAUAUACAUCUUCACUUUUUUUUCCGUUUGUGCCAAGACACAUGGGGCAGAUGAAGUAGAAUUCAUCGAUUGCAGUUUCCUCGUUAUCAAGAGAGAUAAUAAAGUCACUACUGUACACACCCGCUUUAGAUUUCCUUACAUUUAUCAGACACCCAUGAGAGUAGGGUGGAUUUAGGAACGUCUUUUUUUGGUAAAUCACUUAAAGUUUAUAAAAACAAGUAUUAUAAACUAUGUAAUUAAAACGACUAAACAGUAUAACAUUGUAACAUAACACAGUGAUAAGAUUUUAAGAUUAUAUGUCCAAUUUUGAAAAGACUGCGUCAUAAACCUAUAGAUGAUGUCUUCACACUUUAUUAAAAUUAUAGCAAUACAUCAAGUAAUUUCAUAGAAAGCAUUUCUAUCUCCAAAACAUAUUUGAUCUGGAUUACAUAGAUGUCGAUAAGUUAGAUCUCUUUUAGCAUGACUGACUCAUUAGUUGUUAUACACACGAUAGCUUUGCCUUACAACAAUAUUAACUAUUAACAAGAAUGUAAGGCUAAUUACUAGUAUCCAUUACUGUCGAAUCCACUACUUAAAAUUGAAAAAAAAUAAUUAAGAUUUUAAAAUUUUACAAUUGUAGGCACAACUCAAAU